UGUUUUUCAAAUCCGUGUUUAAACGACGGAACGUGCUUGGACGUAUCGUCAGAAGGGGAUUACGUGUGCAAGUGUAAGCCAGGAUUCUCCGGAACCAACUGUAAUAAUGUUUGCUAUCCCAACCCGUGUCAGAACGGAGGUACUUGCAAGGACUUCGUUGAGGACAUUAAGUACACAUGCACUUGCCCGCCUGGUUUCUAUGGAAAAGAUUGUCAAUUGACUUGCUCGCCUCAAAACCCCUGCCAAAAUGUUGGCACCUGUGUAGAAACAGACGAUGGGAGUGACCUUCAAUAUUUCUGCAUAUGUAAGCCAGGCUUCUACGGAUCCAACUGCCAGAUUGGUAAUUUUUUUAUUAUGAAUUUUUUAUUGUAA